AUCUGUCUCUUCCCUUGGCUGGGGGUGGCUGUGCUAUUGGAAUCCAGGCCCUUAUUCAAGCGUAGCCUCCGGAUCCAGGUUUUGGAAUGAUCCUGGAGAUUUCAACAGGCCCCCUGCCCUCCCUGCCCACUGGCCCAUCUGUGUAUGCACUGCUCUGGGCCAGAGUCUGGAGACCAGCUGGGCCAGCUCAGCCACCUCCCUGCUGCUCCUUUUUGAGACCUCAUCGCCCAGUUCCAGCCCAGCCCCCUCUCAGCCCGGACUCUCUCUUUGCCCUGUCCCCCACUUUAAUAAUGGGGCACUCCUCGAUAGCAGAGCUGCACACUAUGAUGGAGACCCCUCUGGAGAAGGCCCUGACCACUAUGGUGACCACGUUCCAUAAAUAUUCUGGGAGAGAGGGUAGCAAACUGACCCUGAGUAGGAAGGAACUCAAGGAGCUGAUCAAGAAAGAGCUGUGUCUUGGGGAGAUGAAGGAGAGCAGCAUCGAUGACUUGAUGAAGAGCCUGGACAGGAACAGCGACCAAGAGAUCGACUUCAAGGAGUACUCGGUGUUCCUGACCACGCUGUGCAUGGCCUACAACAACUUCUUUCUAGAGCACAACAAGUGACCGGGGCUGCCCUCCACCCUCACCCUCCAGCCCUUGCUGCUGACCUCAGCUGCUCCUCUCACAGACCCUCUUUGGCCCCCUGCCCUCCUCUCCCUCCCAGAUGGACCCUUCCAUGGGAGGAAAUAAAGUUUCCAUCGCAGGUGCUGGGA